AUGUUCAUCAGAUCAACACCAUGUUUGAUUCGAAAUUUCAGGGCUCUCCCUUUUGGACAGCUUAGAUCCGUAUCCACCACCAAGUCUUUCGAUUAUCAGACCGAUCUGCAGAAAGUACCAAUUGACAAGAUACGCAAUAUUGGCAUUAUUGCACAUAUUGAUGCUGGAAAAACAACCACCACCGAGAGGAUGCUCUAUUAUAGUGGACUGAUUUCUCGUAUUGGCAAUGUGGAUGAAGGUGACACUGUAACCGACUAUCUCACUCAAGAAAAGGAUCGAGGAAUUACAAUUCAAAGUGCUGCUGUGACAGUUCCUUGGAACCAGCACAGAAUUAACGUUAUCGAUACACCGGGCCACGCGGACUUUACUUUUGAGGUGAUAAGGUCUCUACGAGUUUUGGACGGGAGUGUGACCAUUUUAGAUGCCGUUGCUGGAGUCGAAGCUCAGACUGAAAAAGUCUGGAAACAAGCUAAAGAUCUCAAGAUUCCAUUGAUUGCUUAUGUGAACAAAAUGGACAGAGAAGGUGCUGGAUAUGGAAGAACAGUCAAGGAGAUUGUGGGAAGGUUAGGAACCAGAUCCGUUCUUGUCAAUAUUCCUUACUUUAUGCAGGACAAAACCACCAAGGAGAUGCUUUUCAAAGGUGUAAUUGAUGUAAUUGACAAGAAGCUUCUUGUAUGGGACGAAGAUCAAGAUGGAUUGAUUGGAGAUGGACGUAAGGUGACAGUGACAGAUAUAGAUACAGCUGAGACGGCCCGUCCAGACUUGUACAAGCAGUGCAAGGAUGCCAGACAAUCUGUAAUUGAGCAAUUAGGUGAUUAUGACGAGUCAAUAAUCGAUGCUUUCCUUGUAACGGAAAAAUAUAUGAAUGUCCCAUCAUCAAUAAUCAAACGUGCUCUUCGAAAGGCUACAAUAGACCGAUAUGCCACUCCCAUUCUUUGCGGAUCCAGCUUUAAAAAUAUAGGUGUGCAACCCUUCAUGGAUGCCAUUAUAGACUAUCUUCCUUCACCUAUUGAUGUCGAUCCUCCGGAUGUUAUUUCUUCGACUCAUCUUACCCAUUCCAGAAAGAGCCGGAACAAAAAAGGGUUCAAGAACAAAACUAGUGAAUCUUUACCUACAUGUAUGGACCCCAAGCUCGGAUGUAUCGUGAACAACGAUAAGCAUCUCACCACAUCAUUAGCAUUUAAGGUGACUUCACAUCCCAAUAGGGGUCUCAUGACAUUUGUUCGUGUCUACAGUGGUAAAUUACAGCCUAAUAGUACAGUUAUUAAUUCAAGAAAUGGCGAGAAGGUCAAGAUAGGAAAGCUUCUCAUUAUGAAUGGAGACGUUCCGCAGGAGGUGAAGUCACUCUCUGCUGGAAACAUUGGAGUUAUCACUGGAACUGACGAAAUUAGUACAGGAGAUACACUUAUCUCACACUCUUCAUCCAAGAACGUUAACAAAAUCCCUAAAAAAGAGGCAUCCGCAAAAUUACUACCCAUUUCUGUACCUCCACCAGUGUUUUCUGUUUCGAUUGAACCUACUACAGUAGCCGAUAAGAGGAAAUUAGAAUCUUCACUCGGGGUCCUUCUUAAAGAAGACCCCAGUUUGAAGUUGGACUAUGAUGAAGAAUCAGGUCAGAUGAUUUUGAGUGGAAUGGGAGAACUUCACUUGGAUAUUACUAAGGACAGGCUCAUCAAUGACAUGAAGGUUCAUGCUGACGUUGGAAAAGUCAGGGUCACCUAUAAAGAGACAAUUAUCUGUCCUUCUCCGGAAGUCAUAAAGAGAGUGGAUGCUACGGAUGGCUCGGGAUUCUUUAAAAUCUCACUUAGUGUUGAUUCUUUUGAAGGUUCUGCUGAGAAUACAGACUAUUUCAAUGGUGAAGACGACUCUGAAUGCCAUCCUCUUGAGUACGACAACAAUUUAAUCGUGUUCGACAAAUACGCUGCCCCAGACUUUGUCAGGAAAGCUUUGACUAAUGAAGAUCAAGAAUGGCCUCUCUCUAUCAACUAUGAACAUUUGAUGCGAGCCAUUGUUUCUGGAGUCACGGGUGCGCUACAGGUGGGGGGUAAAAUAGCCAGAUUACCGUUACAUUCCGUGGUUGUUAAGAUCAGGAAAUGGUCACUUCCUAUUGAAGCUACGUCAGCUGCCGCUCUUAACCAGUGUACACGACUGGCGGUGCAGGAGUCCCUUGGACAAUUGGCGGAAACAUCAUUCACCUUGUUGGAACCGUUAAUGAGAAUUUCAGUAUUUGUCAACGAUGAAGAUUUGGGAGCAGUUACUCAGGACCUGAUGAGCGCCAGAAAUGCCAAAAUCACGGAUAUCGACGAACAGGACAAUUCCAGCACAGGCCAGGAUAUGGUUUGGGCACGUGACCAGGCUGAAAAGACUUAUAUACCAUAUGAUCCUACGAUGCAGUACAUUAAGGAAAGCCAGACUGGUGGAAAAAAAGUGAUUAACGGGGAGGCGCCUUUGAAGGACAUGAUAGGAUAUCUACCGAAGAUCAGAUCGUUGACCAAGGGUAGAGGUAUUUAUGAUAUGGAGUACGAGCGUAUGCAAAGAGCUACGCCGGGUAGAGUGAGGGAGAUCUUAGAGCAGUGA